CGCUCAGCAUCACUCGGGCCGCCCUCAAAGAAGACUCUUGAGCGCGCUCUCCUCGACUGCUGCGGCACCGCGGAGGCGGUUUCCCGGGCAACAGAGAAACGACAACAAACGGGGGCAUGGGCCAACACAGUAAACCGCCCAACAAGGUAAAUCUCUGCCCGUUCGUUCACGUCAAGUGACACGUGAGCUCGUUGGCUCCCCCGCCGCCAGGUAUCGCACCGUCACAGCGGCGUAAUUCUAAAACACUUGGCCGUCAUGAACGAGGUCUGUGUCCGGGUGGCGCUCCGCAUCCGUCCCCUUCUUCCCAAAGAAGUCCUACACAACCACCAGGUGUGUGUGCGGGUGGUGCCGGGCUCGGCGCAGGUGAUGCUCGGCUCCGACCGGCUCUUCUCCUUCGACCACGCGUUUGGACCGACGGCCGACCAGGACGAGGUGUACGGGUCCUGCGUGCAGCCCCUGGUGGAGUCCCUGGUGGAGGGCUACAAUGCCACGGUCUUCUGCUAUGGACAGACCGGGUCGGGGAAGACGUACACACUCGGAGGGGGGAACCUGGAAGAGGGAGGAAUCAUCGACUGUGUGGCCGAGGAUUUGUUCUUGUUGCUGGGGGAGAAGAGGAAGAUCGACGAUGACGUGGAAGCCACCGUGCGGGUGUCAUACAUGGAGCUGUACAUGGAGGAACUGAGAGACCUGCUGGAGCUACACACCAUUCACAACGAGCUUCUCAUCAGAGAGGAUGAAAGGGGAAACACAGUGGUGGUGGGGGCCAAAGAGACGGUUGUCACCUCAGCAGAGGAGCUACGAAGCGUUCUCGAGACAGGCAAUGCCCUGCGCCGCACUGGCACCACGGGCAUGAACGAUCACUCCAGUCGCUCUCACGCCAUCCUCACCCUUCAGCUCAUCCAGUGUCACCACGUCAACAACUCCUCCUUACAAUCGGUCCGCUCCUCCAAGCUCUGUUUAGUCGACCUCGCCGGCUCCGAGCGUGCUGGUAAAACCGGUAACACUGGAACGCGUCUCAAGGAGUCGGUUCACAUCAACGCGGGCCUGCUCGCACUGGGCAACGUCAUCCGCGCCCUCUCCGACCCUGGACGGAAUCGCCGGGGCAACAGCGCACACGUGCCGUAUCGCGAUGCCAAGAUCACUCGUCUGCUCCGUGAUUCGCUGGGAGGCACCGCCCACACGCUGAUGGUGGCAUGCGUGAGCCCCUCUCACCAAAGCGUGGCCGAGACUCUGAGUGUCCUGCAGUUUGCAUCCAGGGCCCGUCACAUCCGUAACCGCCCUAGAACCGCAUCGACUCAGAGGGAGGCCAAAGCGUGUGCCGCAACCUGGCACCCUGGUGAGGCUCGACUGAGCGAGCUUGAGUAUGAAUUACAGACACUGAGAGACCUGCUGAUGGAGAAGGAGAGAGAGAUGGAAAGGGAGAGGACAGGUGGAAGAGCGGGAGAGGGGGACAGCAUCAAAGUGCCCAUUCAGAUGAUGACAUCUCGUCAAAAUAAUAAGGCGGACCCAGAGGAACCGACGCAGUACCGCCUCCUGGCACAGGAAGCUGCUGUCCUGCUUGCGGAUGUCCCCAACCCCACUUCAAGUGCUUCUUUCAGGCAGCGGCUGCAGGAUUGGCAGGAGAGACUGAUGGCUGCCAAUCGCUCAUUACAAGCAUAUGAGAAGGACUGUUCAGAUCCACCCCACUACAACACCAUAUCCAAGCUAAGAGAAGAACUCAGCAAAUGCAAGAAGAAUCUCACCAUAGAGAAACAGCUAUUGGAGCAGAGAGAUGCAGAGAUGAGGCAGGUUCAAAAACAAGUAGAGACACUUCUUCAAGAGAGCAAAACCCAUCUCCAGGCCUUGGAGGAGGAAAAGGAACGCAGUCGUAUACAGACUGAACAACUUGUGGACCAACAGAUCCUGAUUAACCAACUUCGCAGCGACCUGAUGACCUUUAGGGGUGCAACCUCAGGGGCAACCGUGGAAACGGGGGCUUCUGGGAACUCGGGCAAGAGAUCCCAGAGUGUCCCACUCAUUAGAAACAGCUGUGGGCACGGACCUCCCAGGAGGAUUCACUCCAGUCCCCCGGCGUAUUCACUGGAGAGGGUGAUGGCAGCCUUUAAGAUGCGCAGUCACCUCCUGCUGGCUGAGAUUGAGGAGAAGGAAGAGGUGUACUGUCCACUCAUAAAACAACAAGCACAGAGCAAAGAUGGGGAUCGAGAGCAGGAGGAGGAGGAGAAUGAAAUCUCCGUGGCAACCAUGGGGUUUAGGCGUUCCUUAAACCGAACAUGGACCUGCCGGCAGAAGAAAUCAGCUGAGAAAGAAAAUGACUCUGACCUAUCGCAGCCUCAGCAAGCUGCAGGGACCAAGGAGAACCACGCAAAGCGAGGCGAGGCGAGACUUAGAGCCAGCGUUACUCAAAAAAGGAUCCGAGAUCUGUCCGUUAACAUGCGCAUGAAGGAGGAACUCCUCAAAGAGCUUGACAAAACUGACAAGGAGACCAGAGCAGCGGACCGACAUGGAAGACACCGUGAACGUGGCAGCAAAGCCUGCGUGUUGGCGAGCCUUUCCGUGCACAGCCAGCGGGUCCGAUCGGAGAUGUACCACAGCCUGCAGCACAUGAGACUGCAGAGGGAACAACUUCGAAGCAGCCUCGUGCAGCAAAGAGAGUCCAGCUCCGGCGAAGAACCGGACCAAAAAGGGGAGCAAAGUUCAGGAGUUUUGACUGUGAGCAAAAGCAACCACCAGUUAAAGCAGCUGCAUGACUGCGUUUGGCUGGAGGAGGAGGAGGAGCAGGUGCUUCAGAAGAGAGCAGAGCUGCAGGAGCUGGAGGAGGAGCUGAGGAGGAGAGAGGAGGUUCUCGUCCGCCGAGAGACCUGUCUGCAACAGAAGAGCAAACUGGAGAUCAAGAUGCUCCGCUCCAGUCAGGCUCUAAGUCAGGACCUGGUGCGUGUGUCCUUGCGGUUGGAGUCUCUGGAGGAGCAGCUGCACAACAGCAGCACUUUGAGAAAGUCUGGAGGAGCCUCCAUAGAGGAACUGGAGAAAGAGAGGGACAUGCUUGCAAAGAGGAGGGGCACUCUGGACAUGCGCCUGAAAGACAACAGAGUCCUCACUGAGGAGGAGGAGCAUUCCCUGCUUCAACUGGAGGAAGCUAUUGACGCUCUGGACGCUGCUCUGGAGUUUAAAAACCGCUCCAUCCAGGACAAACAAAAGAAGUUGUUAAUCAAAGACUCAUCUUUGCUGAAGCCACAAAGCAGCGAACCCGCCCAACUCUGUGAUGUCAUCAGGAAGCUGAGGAGGCUCGCCCCACCCGAGGCUUCGGAGCUGCUGGUCAAAUAUUUCAACAAGGUUAUUUGUCUUCGCGAGGAGGGGCGCUGUUUGCGUUUGCGUUGCGAAGAGCUGGAGCUUCAGACCGGAGAGAAAGAGGUGCUGCUGAGGGAGAUGGAGGUCUCCAUGCAGCGCCUGGCCCUAGACGCAGACCGCAGGCUCACCCAGCAGCACCAUGAUCACCAGAACAACAUCCAGCUACUGCUGCAGAGUCUAAAAGAUGGUGGUUCUGGAGAGUCACAGCAGGCUAUCGAAGACAAACUGCAGCAUCUGGAGAAAGAGCUUUUUUUCUACAAAAGCUCCAGUCGGCAGCUUAAAAAGAAACUCAAAGAGCUCAUCAGUGACUCCCUUCACCCCGUCGCUCUGCCCUCACACACACAGGGGCACGGACAAUUACACAGUGUGCAGUUAAACCUGAGUGCAAAAGAAACCCGGACGCACAGCGAUGAGGCACAGGGAAGGACACAGGUUGGAACAACACACACAGAGCUGCACGCUGAGCACAAUCCUCAUCUGAAGAAACACGCAUAUCAAACAUCCUCGGCUUCUGACCUGCAAGCACGAAAAACAAGACAGAUGCCUCAAUAUGACCAGGCACACACAAGGUCCCUGGGGAGAAGGGGUCUCUCCAGGGAUGCUUUAGAGAUGACACCAGUCCGUUUGUCUCGCAGAGAGCUGAGACAGAUCUCCCCAGCUGACCUGCAGGUCUCUAGUUCUGCCACUAGGGGGCGACAGUCUGUUGUGGAGACCAGCACUGAUUCAAUACCAGAGGACUCCAUAGAAGUGUCCAGAAACACCGACAGAUGAUGUUAUCAUGGUACUUAUGAGUCACUUGGUAGCGGAAGUGUGUACAUCAGAUUAAUGUUGUUUGCUAGUAGACAAAGUAAAAUAUCUGUCAAGAUUAACCAAGCUCAAAAAUGCAUAGAAUAGUUGGAAAAUACUUAUUUAUGGGCUUUGUCGGGUUUUGAGGUCAUAAGUCGACACACAAAAAUACUGGUUUAAUUAAUGCAAAGGCAUUGCCAGGCAUCUAUGUUAAGUUGAACAGGUUUUUGUUAUCCAUCGUUCUAUUUAAACGACAGAACUGCUGUAGAUUUAAUGCCACAAAAUACUAAAACCAUGGAACAGCAGAAGUGUCGUAGCACUCUUCAUAGCACUCUUCAUAGCACAUUUUGAGAUGAAAGACUUGUCUCAACUCAAGCCACACCCAUAUACAACGUAGCACAUUACACGGUCCUUUUGUUUCUAGCCUUUGUCCUGGAUGAAGAACAUAGAACCUGUUUUAAUACUGUAUGUAUAUUGUGUGAGAAUGAGCUAUUUAAUGUGAAAGCAGCACUUUUUAAAUGUCAUUGUUGUUAUCUAAUGGUAUCUCACCUUGUAUUCAUCAACCUUUUGUUAAAUGUAUUCAAAUAGUGACUUGUGAAGAGAAGUUAUUUGUCUGUCACCUUUAAUUUCCAGCACCGUAUCAUUUAAAAUAAGCACUAGACUGGAUGCAUUGCUUUCUGCACUACAAGAGUAUGGAUUUGAGUACUACAAAGCGGUAGUGUUUUUUUUAAUGAAUUUGAUUUACACACAAACUUGUUUGAUCUGUGUGCACUUUUACAUGUUAAUUGAUGUGUACUUUUUAUUUUUUUGUGUGACCCUCUGCAUUAAACUUUCUUAUAUGCAUAUCUUACCAUCAUGCCAGUACCGUGUG